GUCACGCCUGCGACAUUCCAGCGGAAGUCCUGAGGAAGCAGUACAACGCAAGGUUGCAGGUCUGGUUGCAACGAACAACAAAACGACAUCACGAUCAACAACUCCCGCUUUCGUCUCGAACUCAUGUCGACAAAUCAGCAGACUAUGUCGAAUUCGAACGGAGCGAGAACACACGAAAACGACGACGCUCCUUUGAAAAUCGGCGUUUACGGCUGGCGAAAGCGAUGUCUCUACUUCUUCGUCCUUCUACUGACUGCAACGGUUAUUAUCAAUCUUGCUCUCACGAUCUGGAUCAUCGUUGUAAUGCGCUUCAAUGUGGACGGAAUGGGUAAAUUGCGAAUAAAGGAGGAUGGAAUGGUUAUGACGGACGACGGGAAGGCGAUGUUUCUCGGUCCGCUCUACGCGUCGAGCGUCCGAUCGAUUGAUUUGGUGGAGACGGCGGAGAAUGAUCCAGACGACGAGAAAGGAUCUCUGUCUGUUGAGGCGGAUAGGUACUUGUUUCUACAGAGUGGAGGUGACAAUGGCUCGACUGUGGCAGUAACUGAGAAGGAUAUUGAAGCGAGGACGGAUAGUUUUGUCGUUCGGUCUGGUAGCAAUGAAGUGUUUAGAGUGAAUAGUGAUGGUGUAGCCAUUGCUUCAGGACAGCUAGAGAGCAAUGGUGUCAUUUUAUUUGACGAAAUUGAGAGUAAAUCAAUUAGUUCGGAAGAGAUUAGCGCCCCCAGUGGUGAUUUGACUAUUAAAUCAAAAGGAGAUUCUACUCUAGAGUCAUUGACAGGUUUUGUCAAAUUACAAGCAUUUGACGAAAUUAAGUUACAAUCAUUUGAAGACUCUAUUAUAUUAUCAGCACCAGAUAUUUAUUUGUCUCCAAAUGCACAGUUUUCUGGUGUGAUGGAAGUGUGCAUGUGUCCAUCAGGAAAGCUAUUCUUUGCAUCACCAAAUGCUACUACUCCCUGUCAACAACCCAGUGGCAUCUGUUGAUCUGCCACAGAGGUGACAUUGUAUUGAUUGUAUUGAGAUGCUGAAUCUUCUGAUGAAAUAAAGUUUGUUGACAUGC